AUGGAAGAUCCGAAGAAAAUGGAAUCGAAACAAAAACAAUUUUCCGAUGAUGAUGAUGAUGUGAGCGUGAUUGCUGUGAUAAGAAAAGAAAACGAUCGGUGGUCGAUGGAGCAACAAGAUGAAAAGCCGGUUAAGCAGCAAGAGAGGAAACGAGUGUUCGAGUUGAGCGACGAACGAUGUAAAAUGGCACUCCGGAAGCAGCUUGAUCUGGAUUCGUUAUCGACCGAGCAGAAUAGCAAGGCUAAGGAAUACGAGGCUGUUGAAAUUUUGCGGAAACUUCCGCCUGGCACCAUUGUGAUUAAACGUGAAAAGAUAUAUAAAGAUGAUAGCGAUUAUGUAAGGGAGUCUACUGAAACGAGUAGCGGUGGAUCGUCUUCUAGCAGUGGAGUGACCAAGGUUAAGAGGAUCCAUCGCGCUACAAGGAAAAACCGUGGAACAGCGGAAGUCAGAAGAAAUCCCACGCGCGUUACCAAAAAAGACCAAGACAAGGAUUUUUCUCGCCCAAGACAACGAUUACUUUCUGCAAAACGAAAGGAAAUGCUGUUCAAUUCUGAACACAUUAAACGUGGAAAAUCUUCCACCAUGCCUUACAUGAACACAAGGUCUGUUACUCGUAAAAUGUAUAAUGUGGGGGCAACUUAUCAAGCGCCCACUGUAAGAGAUGCAACAGAGUGGAAAGAAUGGCCUGCUCAUGGCAUGCAUGAACGACCUGUGUUUCAUCCACAGGUUGGCCUAGCUGCAGAAUAUUUGGGCCGUUACUUUACAAGCUUAGACGGAUUCUCUUACCGAGAAAUAAUCGACAGACCGGAAAUAGAAGUUGUAUCCGUGGAUCCCCAUUGUGACUACCUCCCAUCAUCUGCUGAAAAAAAACGAACCAAAAAGAUCAAGCCUAACAAAGGCUCUUCCAAUUCCAAAGGUGUAAAAUCAGUGUCUUUAGAGUCUACUGAAAAGAACAAAUCUUUUGAAACUUGUAUGCAUGAAAGUUUCCACUGUGUUCUUGGUUAUUGUUCUCAAAUAAUGAUGCCAAGUUACAAAACGAAUAUAGAAGGGAAAAUAAGCAUGUUAAACGAGAGCAAAAAUUUAUCCAACACUAGCAAGGAAAUAGAACAGCAUUCUUCGGCGAUAAACACUUUAGAACGCAGCUCCAAAAGCGACUCUUCUGUUUUAAGUUUUAAGGAGAAUUUACAGAAAUCAGUGGAAGAGAACAAAUUCAUGGACAAUUACGCAAUCACGAUGUUCCCACAGAAUGUGAAAAGUUUUACUCAAGUUCCAAAAACACGUUUAUUUCCUGCUCAGAAGGUUUAUAUAGCUAAUCCUCAGAAACCCAUUGCGUUUACUAAUGCAAAAACCUUUCAAGGAGGGCAUAUGAAGAUUCAAGAAAUGGCACGACCUUCCAAGAGCCCUUUUAUCAUAGUAAACCCUUUAGACACAAAGGAGACACAACUUUUGAACCCAAGUACUAGUACCAUAAAUGUGAGCAGAAUGGAAGAAUCUUCACCCAGUGAAGAGACAUUAGGAGAAGUGACUUCUAUAUAUAAGAACGUAUCCAAUGAAGAGAUGACAGUGAAACAGACUCCUGUAAAGCAAAGAAACAAAGUGGAAUUCACAAUGACAAAACAUCUUUUAGAUAACAUGCAACAGAAUAAGAUUCAGUUUGGAAAAGAAUCAAAUUCCAUGGAAAAGAAAAUAUGUUACGAGGCUACUAGCAAACAGUUGAACUUAAAAACCAUAUCUGGCAGCAUGAGUAAAGCCUGGUGCACUGGAGAAGCUUCAGAAAUAGCGAAAAUUCUUUCGGAGUACAAUAAAAGUAAUUUAAAAAAGCCAGCUAUAGAAAACCAGAUACCCUAUACCAAUGUGAAGAACAUUAGAGUUAAAGAGCUCUGUAAUAAAGAAGAAAAUACCAAACAAAGUGAUCAAGAGAGUUUUAUGGACAGAAAUGUGAAUAUAACUUUUCCUCAGGGAAAAUGGAGGCGGUUUCAUUUAACUGUGGAGAAGCUGAAAGACCUAAAAAGUAAUUCCAAUGAGAAGAGACAGUCUUUGGGGGUUCCAAAUAAACAGUCAUUGUUUAAAAUUGAUCAGACAAUUGGAGAAAUUUCAUCUGAUAGAAAAAUUGAAGUUCCUAAACAAGUGGAAAUUGUUCAAAGGGGACAAUCAAGUAUAAUGAACUUGGAAAAGAAAGAAAGCAUUCUGAUGGUGAAUAACAGCGUAGAUUCAGCUAUUGUGAAGACACAAUCUUUACAAGAAUUGUUGGAGAAUACCGCCAUGUUAUAUUGCGCCGCUACUGGAACUCAUCAAGACGAUUUGGCUAAUUAUAUCGAUAAUUUAGACGGUGUUCAAAGCAUACAAUGGUUAGAAACUUGCAAGGAUUUAAUUGUAUGA